GGAGCAUGCUCACACGGUGUAUGAACUGUACUGCACUUCCAGUUUAGCACAGUUUACCACGAGCUGGUUCAGGUACAGACACAGACCGGAGCAGUUUACAGAACCGGUGUGUGCGCUAAGUUGUAGGUUCUGAUGGAGGAGUCGGCGGCGCUGUUUAACCGGGAGGAGAUCAAUGGUACAGUGUGGGAAGUACCCGUCAAAUACGUCCGAUUAAAGCAGAUCGGAACCGGAGCUUACGGCACAGUGUGCUCAGCCAUCAAUGAAAAAACCCAGGAGAAAGUUGCCAUCAAGAAGCUACACAGACCCUUCCAGUCUGAUAUCUUUGCAAAGAGAGCCUAUCGAGAGCUGAGACUGCUCAAGCACAUGAAGCAUCAAAAUGUAAUAGGGCUGCUGGAUGUGUUCACACCUGCCACUCGCCUGGAAACCUUUCAAGACUUCUACCUGGUGAUGCCGUACAUGUUCACAGAUCUCUCUAAAGUGCGGGGUCUGCUUUCAGAAGACCGGUUGCAGUUCCUGGUGUACCAGAUGCUUUGUGGUUUGAAGUACAUUCAUGAUGCUGGCAUCAUUCACAGGGAUCUUAAACCAGGCAACCUGGCUGUAAAUCAAGACUGCGAGCUAAAGAUCUUGGAUUUUGGCCUGGCACGGCAUGCAGAUCCAGAGAUGACAGGUUAUGUUGUGACGAGGUGGUACAGAGCACCUGAGGUCAUUCUGAACUGGAUGCACUACAAAAAAACAGUGGACAUCUGGUCAGUUGGGUGCAUAAUGGGAGAAAUGUUUAAUGGGAGGACACUCUUUAAAGGAAAAGACUACAUGGACCAACUUGUUCAGAUCAUGAAGGUCACAGGAACACCUGGCCAAGAAUUCAUAGAGAAACUAGAAAGCCAGGAGGCAAAGAACUAUGUGAAGUCACUUCCUUUUUAUCCACGGAAAGAUUUCUCUGAACUGUUUCCCCGGGCUAGUGAACAAGCGGUGGACCUGUUGAAGAAGAUGCUGGUUUUGGAUGCUGAUGUCCGCCUUACAGCUGAUGGAGCACUAGCCCACUGUUACUUUGAUGGUGUGAGGGAUCCAGAUGACUGCAUAGAGCCUAAGCCAUAUGAUGACAGUUAUGACAAGGCCACACUGCCCCUAGAGGAGUGGAAAAGAUUAUCUUUUAAAGAAGUAAAGAGUUUUGUUCCAUUCCCAAGAAGAGACUCGAAGAGAAGAAAUACACUGACAAUGUCUUAAUGAUGUUCACAGCAACAUGAAUAUGUGGAGAGUCUGUGCACAAAAAAAGUGUACAAAUGUUUACACAUACAGCUGUUACAGAAUAUAACAAUUCAUGAGAAGUUAGUGAUGUAUCUUUGUGUUUGGCCUGAUAGUAGACUAUAGAACGUACUGAUGUACAACAGUAACUGCCUUUCAUUUGUUGCCUUGAAACCUAUAUGUACCUUUACGUUGUGGCUUUUAUGCUUAAAGAUAAAAGUAUUUUAGAAGACAGUAAAUAGAUUUAUAUCGAUUAUUAUUAAGUUGUCUUUUUUAACUAUAUAGAUCUGUUAAUAGAAAUCAUCAGAUCUAGUUAGGUAAAAGGCGGUGGUUCUUAUCUGUGUAAAUUGUCAGCUGUGAGUGUCAGCUGUGAGAGCAAAGAGUGGUCAGUAGAAUAAGCAUGUAAGGCAGGGAUGUCCAAACUACCACCCACGGGCCAUUCUUUAAUUUAAAUAAGUAUAAUAAUCUUCCUAUUAGGAUUAUGACUGAACUGGUGAGUUAAAUAAGCAAAAUCUUAGUUUACACAAUACUGGGUGUGUUCGAAAAGCUAGUGAGCUCUCUACAUAGACAGCAUUUUACAUCAUCCUACACGCUCCAGAGAAAAAGGCUGUUAGAAUUCUUAGAUGGCUUAAAUUGCUGCCUAGUAAGGUACCUUAAAUUUGACCGGUAUUUUGCCUGAAUAACGAGGGAGCAUCAGAUGCUUCCUUGGCAGUGAAGGCAAUCCCAGCAUUCAGUGCGGCACAACUUUUCUCACAAAAAAAUUACAAAUAUGGCAGAUGAAUGCAGAUGAAUGCAGAGGAACGAGUUAUAUGUAAAUAAAUUAUCAUUGAUUUUUAAUUUGUAUAAAUGUGUACAAGUGUCAUUUAUUUGCAAAUUUGGGCUUGUCAGGGACAUGUUAGUGGACAUGCUAGCGCGUUGUGCAACCGCAUCCCAUUGGUUUGAAUGGCAUGAGGCUGUGUAAGCUUAGUAAGCGAAAACUGAUGGAAUCGCUGUCUUAGUAGCGCGUCUGAAUAACCUGACUUAUAAGUUGAUGACUUAUUAGAAUCCUUUCUCCUUAGGCAGCUGCCUAUCUAGGCAGUAAGGUAGCUCACUAGGUUUUCGAACAGACCCACAGUCAAAGUCACUCAAAUAGUAGUAGUAAGUGUAAUUGUUAGUAAUCAAGUAGAUCUAUUGCAUUUUUAUUUGUUUUAUUAGAAAAUAGUCUGUGGCCAGAGUUUGCAUAUUUUUAACUCCAUCUGGCCCCUAACAAGAAAAGUUUGGACAUCCCUGGUGUAAAGAGAAAAAGAUUCACCUGUGUGUGAUUUAUACUUUUCUACCUAAAUACCUGUUAAGGCUACUUUCAUACAGUUGCUGCAGUGAGCCUCAUGAACACUUUAGGCUGGUCCUGCAAAGACAUAUUCUCAAGGGUGUUCUCAAGGGAGCUACUAUCAAUCUGCAGCAAGCGCUGAUGGACCUUCCCAACCUCUGUCUGCGCUUGUUUUGAGCCAAGGCUUUGUACCACUGGCGCUGCUUCUUUUGCAGUUCAAGAGGUGCUUGAUGCUGUGAGGCACUCUUCUUCUGUAAUUUCAGCUUUUGCUCAUACACAAGUCAGCUCAGUACCAUUUCCCCAAUAAUUGUAAUACCUUUGUAAAUCUAUGUGGGAAAAAAUUACUUUUAAAUUAGGCAAGCCAUAGCCUAGUGGUUAGGGUACUGGACUAGUAAUCAAAAGGUUGCUGGUUCAAGCUUCACCAUUGCCAGGUUGCUGCUGUUGGGUCCUUGAGCAAGGCCCUUAAGCCAAUAUUGUUCAGAUUGUAUACUGUAACUGUACUGUAAGUCGCUUUGGAUAAAGGCGUCUGCUAAAUGCUGAAAAUGUAAAUGCACUGCAUCCAUUUGAUGUCAGUGCCCAGAGUGUACUGCAGACACAAUACAAUGCAUUUCAACACGCCCUACUAAAAUCAUGGGAAAAUGUGCUUAAUUUCAUGGACCUCAUUUUUCGAAAAAUUACAGAUUUCACGGAUUUUUAAAGAAUAGUUCCACAUUUUACAGCGGUCAUUAAACAACACUCAUAAAUGUAAGGACAGAAUAAAUGGAAGCUACAGUACAUAGCACAGCCUACCUUAACGGUUGAAUGUAAACCUAAAACGUAAGCAACGGUGCGAGGCUCUGUCUCAAAUACAAAAAUUCUCGUCUGUGUUUUGACACACCCCCUUCUGCAUCCACAGAAUUGGUUGAGUGUGUUCCAAACUCAGUUACCCGAGUAGUAUUUUUAGCUGCUUUACACUUCGACAUCUUGAAAAUUUUGACUAACCGAUUGCUAACAGAAUUCCCGUAGGAUUGCUAGGUCCACCUCAAAGCGCAAAUUGAAAAUGUUGAAUCAAUAAACACACACCUCAUAUUUUUUAUUUUAAAGCAGAUUGCAUAUUACUAUGAAAAAGGCUCAUUUCACGGUCCGUGAUGUGAUUUUCACGGACGUGAAGUAGGUAGGGCCUUACUUAUUUAAGCAAGGUCCACUUUAAACCUCUUUCAGUCUUUUAAAUUUACAUAGUCAUCAGAACUACAGGUGACGUCCACUAUUAAGUGCUAUUGCAUUCCCUUUAUAGCUUGCUGAAGGUGUGACGGAGGCCUCACCAGCCAUAGGCCCCCUAAAACAUUUGUAAUGUAAAUGAAUUGACUUAACACAUGCCAAAUGGUCUUAUCAGAGGAUGUGGAGUUGACUUGUGGAGUAUGUGUUAUGGAGUUGACUUGUCUUUACAUUCCACAGACGUUUAAUCAAGGAUUUGAACGUAGUAUAUGGUGUAUGAAUACAGCUAUGCUAUGCCUAUGUGUCUUGCAGUAAUUUCUGUUAUGCCUGUAGCAGGUAUGGAGAUUAAAAUGGGAUUGUUUUUUUUUUCCUUUAAUAAUUUGUGAAUAUUUUAUUGUGCAUAGCUGAUAGUUUGUAUGAUACUUAACCCUUUCUACACUAAGACAAUCGGUAUGUGAAUGGCAAUAUAUGCCAAAAGAAUAUUUAGGUCUUACAUUGUCUUAUUUUUGAAUAUUAUGUAGAAAUUAAGUUGAAUAAAAUAUUCAAAUAUCUAAAA